UCUUACCUAGCCUUGUUUUACUGCAAUCGCUGAAGCAGUGUGAGUAGCCUCUUCUGUUUCUAUAUCUCUCACGCCGAUAAUCGGAAGGAACAGCUCGGGAGAGGUGGCUCACUUCUGCCUUUCCCCGGCUGCCGAAGGGUCGUGGGACGAAGCAAGUCGCGCAGACUGUCCCUCUGCACGAGUACAAGGCUCAUGACAAGUUUGAACUCUCUGUCGGCCCAAACAUAUUCCCUGAAACUGCACUAUUUGAGGUCGUUUAUACUACCGAUGCCCACAUACCCUCUGCUAGGCCCUCGGGAUUCGCCUCUCCUGAACUCAUCAACAUGGUUAGUGCCGCCGAAGCCAGCAAUCCCGAGCUGAAGCUUCUGCUCGAUCAGAUCCGUACGAAGCCGGCAUAUGAAGCUGAUUACAAGCGACUUGGGGAGUUGUUGCAGAGCAUGUUUCCGGAGCAUCUUGGUCCGAACACCACUUCUCAGUCUUCAGCUGCCCGCCCGCAGAAGUGGGACUUGGUAAUAGAGUUCAGGGAGAAGCCAAAGGACCGUUUAAUUUUCCCAAGGGGUGUCGUACAACACGGCAGGGCGUACGAUACUGGGAAGGGGAAGAGGUUCGACGUAAUGAUAUCCACGAUGCUCCCGUACGCGCAGGAACAAAUUGGCUUAGACCUGAAGACAUUGGACCAGCAGGCUCUAUCCAAUACUCUUGCUGAUGACGACACCAAGCCCAGCCCAGUUACGUUCCACUGGAAAGGAGUGACCCCACAGAUAUACGAGUUGCUUAAUCAAUGGUCAUUGCGGCCGGACAACUGGGAGCGCUUCAAGGUAAGCGUAGAGUUGUGGCACCUGCAUAUUGACAUAACCCGGUCAUAGUCUUCCAAUCGUAUGUAUUUGCCGCACCGGCUACCAGAGGGAGAGCUGCUGGAAAUCAUUCGAGCGGUGGGCUACUGGUUAUAUUUGUCAGGCGAAUGCGACUAACAAUUUGCAGGCGCUCGCUCCAUCAUGGACUCUGAAGUCCAUUAAGCCAGCCAAUGCAGACAGCGGCCGGACGAAGCGAAAGGGAAACCGACGUAAAUCUGCACUUGAGAAAAUGACACCGGCUACUGCUCUUGAUCCCGCACCAUUUACCUGGCCGCCUGUUCCCCCACCUUUGAACAUUGUACAAGUAAAACCAGGACCACUGUCCACUCUUUCAGCUCAGACAGGUACGCUUCCACCUCCAGAGCCGCGACCACCUUCACCACUUCCGACAUAUAAACAACCGUAUCAAUCCUCCCAACAAGCACGAGAAUCCUUGUCAGCUGAACGUCUGUGGCCGUCUCCAGAACACACCGCGAAUACUCCACAACCUGUUCAGUCUUCCGCCAUUGCGCAAAUAUCUCAGAUUCCACUUAUUGAACGAUCACCACAUCGACGUACGCAGUCUACAUCUGUGCCUGGGACCGCGUCAACCAGCGUUCUAGAAGCGAGCGAGGCGCUCAAUGCGUUGGGCUCUGCUUCUGAUGCCUCGAAUGCGCCGUCGCCUGUGGCCUCUCCCUCACCGUCGGCAGACGGCUCAGAACCGCCAAACAAGCGUAGGAGGAUACCGCCGAAGCCGAGGUUCAGCCAUCCGUUGCCUGCUUGCAAGACCUGUCAGCGCACUAAUGUGCAGCUGCUACAUGGCGGACGUAAGUUAUGUCAUGAAA